AUGAAGUAUCGGGUCAUUGGCAUUGACAUCUCGCCCAUACAGCCCGAAUAUGUGCCCCCCAAUGUCUGCUUCCAGAUCGACGACGUGGAGGAUGACUGGAAUUACGACGAGCCCUUCGACUUCAUCUUCUGUCGCAUGCUCACGGGCGCCAUAGCAGAUUGGCCUCGGUUCUUCAACCAGUCCUUUGCCAAUCUUGAGCCGGGCGGCUGGUGCGAGGUCCAGGACAUUGUCGCCCCCGUACAGUGCUCGGACGGCACACUGGAUCCAGAUUCGGCGUUUGCGACAUGGAGCCGCGACCUUUUGCGGGCGACACAUCUUGCUGGUCGGGGUAUAGAUGGGGCAAAGUUGUACAAACGCCAGAUGGAAGAGGCCGGCUUUAUCAACGUGAAGGAGGAAAUUUUCAUCUGGCCCCAGUGCCCCUGGGCGGACGAUGACUACUACCGAAUGCUAGGUCGGUGGACGGAUGUCGCCAUCACGGGAGGGCUCGAGGCGCUCAGCACGGCCUUGUUCACCAGACACCUUGGAUGGAAGAAGGCUGAGCUAGAUGUGUACCUGACGCAGGUCCGCAAGCAGAUGAGAGACAGGGGAAUCCAUGCGUACUGGCCAAUUUACAUGGUCUACGGGCAGAAGCCCGAGUAG